AUGAUUUCAAAACGAACAUUUUUAGCUUUGGCAAUUUUUGUUGCAGCUAAUACGGCUGAAGCAGCUAGUAUCAAAGCGCAAUACCCUCUUGCUCUCCGCGAUGUCAACGACAUUUCACCAUCAUCUGAUGUUAUUUUCAGAAGAGCAGGUAUUAGGAUCCGGGCUGACCCAGUUCCCUCUGAACCUCUUCCACCAAAUCAGGAACCACCAAAGCAGGAGCCACCAAAGCAGGAUCCUACCAAGCCUGAUCCUACUAAGCCUGAGCCACCAAAGCAAGAUCCUACCAAACCUGAUCCUACUAAACCAGAACCACCAAAGCAAGAUCCUACCAAACCUGAUCCUACUAAACCAGAACCACCAAAGCAAGAUCCUACCAAGCCUGAUCCUACUAAGCCUGAGCCACCAAAGCAGGAUCCCACUAAGCCUGAGCCACCAAAGCAGGAUCCUACCAAGCCUGAUCCUACUAAGCCUGAGCCACCAAAGCAGGAUCCUACCAAGCCUGAUCCUACUAAGCCUGAGCCACCAAAGCAGGAUCCUACCAAGCCUGAUCCUACUAAGCCUGAGCCACCAAAGCAGGAUCCUACCAAGCCUGAUCCUACUAAGCCUGAGCCACCAAAGCAGGAUCCUACCAAGCCUGAUCCUACUAAGCCUGAGCCACCAAAGCAGGAUCCUACCAAGCCUGAUCCUACUAAGCCUGAGCCACCAAAGCAGGAUCCUACCAAGCAGGAUCCUACUAAGCCUGAGCCACCAAAGCAGGAUCCUACCAAGCCUGAUCCUACUAAACCAGAACCACCAAAGCAAGAUCCUACCAAGCCUGAUCCUACUAAGCCUGAGCCACCAAAGCAGGAUCCCACUAAGCCUGAGCCACCAAAGCAGGAUCCUACCAAGCCUGAUCCUACUAAGCCUGAGCCACCAAAGCAGGAUCCUACCAAGCCUGAUCCUACUAAGCCUGAGCCACCAAAGCAGGAUCCUACUAAGCCUGAUCCACCAAAGCAAGAUCCUACUAAGCAGGAUCCUACUAAACCAGAACCACCAAAGCAGGAUCCUACUAAGCCUGAUCCACCAAAGCAAGAUCCACCAAAGCAAGAUCCACCAAAGCAAGAUCCACCCAAGGAGGAUAGCCCUGCUACCCCAGUUGGCGAAGCAGCCACCCCUCUAGGUAAAGGCAGUAUUUCACCUGGUGGAGGGGCCUCUUCAUCGAUAGGAAAAGUCACUUCUAGCACCAAUGACGCACAAAUGGCAGGCUCCAUUGUUGUUGGGGGACCUGUUGGAUUUGCUGUUGGUAUAGUCGCCAUGCUUCUACUUUGA